GUUUUAAUCGGCAAAUUAGCCAAAGCACAACACAAUUGUUGCUUGUUUUUAUACUUUUGCAAAGAUUGUCAAUUUGUAAAUACAUUUAAUUAAAAGAUGAGCGGUAAAGCUGAUAUUGCGCUUAUUGGCCUGGCCGUAAUGGGCCAAAAUUUGAUCUUGAAUAUGGAUGAGAAGGGCUUUGUGGUGUGCGCUUUCAAUCGCACCGUAUCGAAGGUCAAAGACUUUCUAAGCAAUGAGGCUAAAGGCACCAAAGUGAUUAGCGCUGAGUCAUUGGAGGACAUGGUCAGCAAGCUGAAAACGCCACGCAAAGUUAUGUUGCUGGUCAAGGCUGGCAGCGCGGUGGAUGAUUUUAUAGACCAGUUAGUGCCGUUGCUAUCCCGCGGAGAUGUUAUCAUUGAUGGCGGCAAUUCGGAGUAUCAAGACACAUCGCGUCGUUGCGAGCAACUGGAGAAACUGGGUCUGCUCUAUGUGGGUUCCGGCGUUAGCGGCGGAGAGGAGGGCGCGCGCCAUGGCCCCUCACUAAUGCCGGGCGGACAUGAAGCCGCCUGGCCACUGAUCAAGCCCAUCUUCCAAGCCAUUUGCGCCAAGGCCGACGGUGAGCCGUGCUGCGAGUGGGUUGGAGAUGGUGGUGCUGGACACUUUGUCAAAAUGGUGCACAAUGGCAUUGAGUAUGGCGAUAUGCAGUUGAUUUGUGAGGCCUACCACAUUAUGCAGAGCCUUGGUUUGACCGCACCACAAAUGGCAGAUGAGUUUGGCAAGUGGAAUUCUGAAGAGCUGGACUCGUUCCUCAUUGAGAUUACGCGUGAUAUACUCAAGUAUAAGGAUGCCAAGGGGCAUCUACUGGAGCGCAUACGCGACACUGCUGGCCAGAAGGGCACUGGCAAAUGGACCGCCAUUGCAGCUUUGCAAUACGGCGUGCCGGUGACGCUAAUUGGUGAGGCGGUAUUCUCGCGCUGCCUUUCAGCACUGAAGCAGGAGCGCGUGCAGGCGUCUACUUUGCUUAAGGGACCCAGCACCAAAGUGAGCGUAGCGGAUUUGCCCAAGUUCCUGGGUGACAUCAAGCAUGCGCUUUACUGCGCCAAAAUUGUCAGCUAUGCCCAGGGCUUCAUGCUGAUGCGUGAGGCGGCAAAGGAGAACAACUGGCGCUUGAAUUAUGGCGGCAUUGCGCUCAUGUGGCGUGGCGGUUGCAUCAUACGUAGCGUCUUCCUGGGCAACAUUAAGGAUGCAUACACGCGUCAACCGAACUUGUCCAAUCUGCUGCUGGAUGAUUUCUUCAGAUGCGCCAUACACUGUGGCCAGACGUCGUGGCGUGAGGUAGUGGCAAACGCCUUCCGUUGGGGCAUACCGGUGCCUGCUUUAUCCACGGCAUUGAGCUUUUAUGAUGGUUACCGCACUGCCAAACUGCCAGCGAAUUUGUUGCAAGCACAACGUGAUUACUUUGGCGCGCACACAUAUGAACUGCUGGGCGAGGAGGGCAAGUUCCACCACACCAACUGGACAGGCACGGGCGGCAAUGUCUCUGCCAGUACGUACCAGGCAUAAGCAAGCUCCCCUAUCUGUCACACACAUACACACGCACUCAUGUACACAUACAUAUACAAUCAUUCCAUGAAAAGGAGCUAAGAGUACACUCGUGUAAGUGUAUACACACUCAUUAUAGUUAUUUCUAAUUUUUUGUUUGUUUAUUUUUUGGGUACUUUACUCUAACGUAGCAGUAC